AUGUUCCAUUCUCGAAAUAAUAUAUUCAAUCAAGAUCAGUCAACUCCUGAAUCUACUCGGCAUCCAACAAUUUCUAGCUUUCACCCCAAUAAUCCACCAUCUCAACAACAAAAUUCAUUUUUUCAAACACCCACCAACCCAUUUCAACAACAACAACAACAACAACAACAACAACACCAGCCAAAUUUAUCAUUUCAUUCAAAUAGUUUUCAUAAUGAUAGAAGUUUUGAUCGAAGAAUUAUAUCACCCGAAAACUCUAGUGUGUUUAAUUCACCUCAGGCAUUUGAUCCAAUGUUUACACAACAAGAAGAAUUACCUACUGAUUAUGUUCAAUUGAUUGAUGAUGACGAGGACGACGAUUUAAAUAUGUUAGCUUCAUGUAUUAAAAAUGAAGCAUAUGCUGUUCAAAAAGUACCUGGUAUAUUAUUAGGACAAGUUAGUGAUAUCAAAAUUCAACAAGGGUUAAUUGUACGAGAGAUUAUAUUUGCAUUACUAGGUUACGAAGGACAUUAUAUCCAAUUUGGUAAGAAAUAUAAUAUUGAUUCAAUAACGAAUAGAAUUGAAGGUCCAGAUUAUAAAAUUGCAAAAAAUUUAGAUAUAAGUUUAAAAGUUAUAACUAAGAAAUUAGUUAAAUUUGGAAAAUUUUAUACUGGCUUAAAGAAUUUCAUACAAGUUUAUAAUAAUGAGAAUUUUGGUAAGAUUAUUCAGAAAUUUUGUUUUUGUGUUAGUGAAUUUUUAACAACUUAUCAUUCUGUCAUACUACGGAUUGAAAAUGAAUUCAAGAACAAUCUACAUUUUAAUUUAAAUAUGUUAGAUCAAAUAGUACAUCAAGAAGUUGCUGAUAAUAUAUCUCACCUAUACCACAUAUCAAUUAAAAUUCACUCAGUAACUAUCGAACGGUCAAAGUUGACUCAACAAGAAUUACAAGGAAAUUUUGAAGAAAUAAUUAUGAAGAAUACUGAUUUAGAACCUAAUUUAUAUUUUGAAAAAUAUAAUUGUUGUAAAGGUGGUCUUGUUCUACAAAUUGUUCAAGAAAGAAUAUCCUUUUAUAAAGGUGAUCCAAUUGCUUUAAAUUUUUUAAUAAAAGUACUUGAUAUAAUAAGUUAUGAUUAUGUUGUAAUGUUAAAUAAAUGGUUAUCUGAAGGUAUUAUAGAAGAUCCAUUUGAUGAAUUUUUAAUACGAGAGAAGAAAGUAUCAUCUCCAUUUAUUGAAAUAUUUCAAAAUAAAAGUGAAUAUUAUUGGAAUGAAUUGUUUUUAAUUAAGAAUGAUGGAUUAUUAGAUCAAUUUAAAAAUAAUGAAUUGCAGAUGAAGAUAUUAAAUACUGGGAAAUAUCUUAAUAUAUUCAAACGAUGUACUGGUUUAAAUAAUUUUGAAACUUUACAAGAGAAUCUACAAAGUAUCAACAGUCUAACAUCAUCUGAUUUGGAAUUGAGAAUUAAUGAGUAUUUGCAUAGAGCUAAUAAAAUGUUGCUUAAAGUAUUAUUUCAAGGUUUUGACUUUCCAAACGUAUUGAAAAUUUAUCAAACAUUAUUUUUAUUUCGUGAUUCAUAUAAUAUUGACAAUUUUAUAACAAAGACAUUUUCAGAACUAAAGAAGAACAAGUUUAAAAUUUCAGUAACUAGAAUACAGAAGCAUUAUGAUGACAUAUUCAAACCAAAAUUUAUUAAUAAAGUAGGUUUAAAAACAAGUAUAUCAGAAGUAUUAAAACAAAGUCAAAAGUUUACAAUUACAUCAGAAUCAUUUUAUAAAAUCUCAAAGGAAUUAUUAGAGAAGAACCUGGACUAUGCAAUAGCUGAUGAUAAUAUUAGAGGAUUAUUUUAUAAAGUGCCUGUAACAGAUCAGUUACUGCCACUGAGAGCUCUGACGGUGAUGUCUCAUGAUAAUCUAAUUGAAGAAAAAGAUGAACCAACUAUAACCAGUACAGAUUUAAGUAUAUCAUUGCCAUUCCCAUUAAAUUUAGUCAUGAAUCAGCAAAUUUCUUAUCAAUAUGAAAUAAUGUUUAAAUUAUUAAUACAAUUGAAGUUUUUAAACAAAUAUUGUGACUUAAAUUGGCAAGAGAUUAAUAGUUCAAUAAUAUGGUGUUAUAAAGGAUUUAGUCCUGAAAUAAAGAAAUGGAUUUUAAGAUGUAGAGCAUUAUUAUCAAGGAUAAAAACCUUCAUCAAUGAAAUUCAAAGUUAUAUUUAUUAUGAUGUGAUUGAGGAUAAUUUUAAAGAGAUUGCAGAUUUACUAAAACAAGCAUAUUUGAAUUUAAUGAGCAACGAUCUAGGAUCAGAUAUGUCAAACUCAAUAAAUAAACAAAAUGAAAUAUUCAAUAAUACAAUAUUGGGAACAAUUUCAAAUAACUCAAUCUUUGAUGUGAAAAUAAGUCAACGACAAAAGGAAAUAAAAUCUCCGACUCAAACAACUUCAUCAGUAAUCACUGUUGACCUUUUAAUAUCCAAAUUAUCAGAUUAUUCAAGUACAUUACUUAAUGAUUCAUUAAUUACAAAAUCAGAAUCAUUAGAUCAAUUGAAUGAAAUUUUUGAAUUUAUAUUUCAAUUUAAUAAUUAUAUAAUACAGUUUAAAAAAGUCUUAAUUUUAUUAAAUCAUGAUUUAUUUGAUAAAUUUUCAGAAGAAUACCCAAACAAAUUUAAUAAACCAAUGGAUGAAAUUCUGAUAAACAAAAGAUUUGAUAAUUUAUCAACGACAUUUUUAAAUCAAUAUGAAAUUUUUGGUGAAUAUUUAGGUACUUUUUUAGAUACAAUUAAAUACCUUGGUCAAACCGAAAAUAAAAGCUUAUUAGAAUUAAGUGAUAGAUUAGAAUUCUGCUUUCCAGAAUAA